AUGCUUAUUCACUACCCACGGACCAACAUGAAGCCAGAGAUCAUCGCGGCGGUGGGCUUUCUCUCCAAGUUCCUGAGGACCAAGGGCCUGAUGAACGAUGUCGAGCUGCAGACCUUCAACCAGUCGCUCCAAGAGCUGCUGGCAGAACAUUAUAGACACCACUGGUUUCCAGAGAAGCCCUCAAGGGGGUCAGCCUACCGUUGUAUCCGGAUUAAUCACAAGAUGGAUCCUUUGAUCGGGCAAGCAGCAGACCGCAUCGGACUCAGCAGCCAGCAAAUGUUUAAGCUUCUGCCAAGUGAACUCACCUUGUGGAUUGACCCCUACGAAGUGUCUUAUCGAAUUGGAGAGGAUGGUUCAAUAUGUGUGUUGUAUGAGGCCAUACCCACUGGUGCUCAUAGUCAAAAUGGCAGCAGCUCUCUUGUUGAGAGCAGGAUUAGCUGUAAAGAUGAACUUCUCCUGGGCCGAACAAGCCCAUCCAAAACCUACAAUAUGAUGACUGUAUCUGGUUAAGAUAUGGUCAAUGGGCUGGAUCAUCUUGUAACAGAUGGAAAAAAUAUUGUCUUUAAUUCGGGAGGGCUCCUAUGGGGAUGGAUUGUGAAGUUUUACAAAAUGUCACAGCUGUGAAAAUCGGGCACAAAAUAGUGGUAGACCUUGUGAUAGUGCCGUGGUUCAGACAGUACCUUUCUGUGAUUUAAUAGCCUGUCUUUUUAAAGGAAUGUUAUAAUUAAAUCUUAGACUGAUAGCGGUCUCAAAGUUGUUUACCACUAGACAUUUUGUUUAGUGUUUAUAAUUGUAUUAAUCUUUUAAUCCAAAGCUUCGAUGUCUUUGUAAAGUUGGUAUUUCUUGCCUGCAGACAAUCCUGCGGGGGUAUAACUUGCACUAAUGAACUCAAAUGUCAAUGUUACUUUUUCAUGGCAGCUCAGUAGCAAGGUGUGAGCAGUAUGAAAUAUGAAAUAUACUGGAAAUGUAAACGGCAGACAUAGCUUGCACUGAAAAUAUGUAUAGUUGUAUAUAGAAAAGUUGGGAAAAUAUAUCAAGUCUGCUAAACAUACUUGAGGAACCUUCAUAUUGUGAAAUGAACUUGAACGUCAACACCUAAUUGUUUUUCCUUAACAGGCAUUAAAACGCAUAAUAAAGACACUGUCUGAACUAAGGCGUUAUCACCCGCCAGCUUAUCUGUACACUUCCUAGCUUGUAGUUUUCUAAGACGGAGUAAACUUCUUAUUUUUAGAAAGUGGAGUUCUGCUUUGUAAUUUCUUGUAUCUAAUUGGGUAAAAGUCUUCUUUUUUUCCCCCACAAACCACCAUCUAUUUUGUGAACUUUGUUAGUCCUCUUUUAUUUAAAAUUAUGAACUGAUGUAAAUUUGUACAGUUCAUGUAUAUUGAUCGUGGCAAAGAUGUACAGAUUUCUAUAUUUUGAAUGAGAGAUUUUCUUCUCUAUAAUAAAUUGUUUCUUAUCUCAGCAUUUUAAA